AUGGGAAUAAUCUUUUCAACUUGCUGGGUGCGCAAAACUAUCAAGUCCAAACGUGCAUCAUUGGAAUUUGAGGGUGUACAAAAUGAAGAGGAUAAAGCAGAAUCUUUAAAAUAUUAUCUACCAAACUUCAUAGGAAAUAUAGACACAAUGGUGAUAUUUCAUUUUCUUGGUCAACACCUUUUUCAAAGCAAUUUUAACGCUCCGAUUGUAGAAAGAUUGUCUAGUGAACAAUGUAAAGUCUUAGAUGUAUGUUGUGGGGCGGGAACUUGGUUAUUAGACAUGGCUUCAGCUUAUGGUUCAACGAAUUUCUUUGGAAUUGAUUUGUGCCCUGUAUUCCCGACAGAAAUUAAACCGGCAAAUGUGCAAUUUACACAAGGCGAUGUUUUGGAUGGACUUCCAUUCGAUGAUAAUACAUUUGAUUACGUUCAUCAAGGACAUAUGGUAGAUGUAUAUACAUUGGAUCAAUGGCAUUUUGCUAUAACGGAAAUAAUUAGAGUGUGUAAGCCAGGCGGAUACGUAGAAUUCGCUGAACCAGAAUUAGCAACUAACUCUGGCCCAAUUCUUUCACAAUUCUACGAUGCAUUCGUCGAAUUAAGCGAAGCCCGUAAUGUUAAGAUACGAAUGUAUGAUAAUCUUGUUAGAACCUUGAACUCAACAACAUCAGUGCAAAACGUUGAAUCUAAAAAAGAAGUGAUUUCAUUGGGUACAGGAUUCCUUGGCAAUGAAUAUUUGGAGUUACAUCAUGAUUUUUUUUUAAAGACCAUGCCCGAAACUUUGUCAAAAUUUAUGGGACUUUCGGAAGGAGACUAUAUAGAAUUAUUUAAAAAAGCCAAAAAUGAAGUCGAAGAUGGUAUUUCACCUGAUUGUGAACUCUACAGAAUAUGGUGUCAAAAGCUGGGGCGCAAAACUAUCGGUACAUCAUUAGAAUUUAAGGUUGUACAAAAUGUACAAGACGAGACGGAACCUUUAAAAUAUUACCUACCGAAUUCUAUAAAGGACACGGAUAUAAUGGUUAUGUCACAUUUUUUUGAUCGAUAUCUUUUUCAAUGCAAUUUUAAAUCUCCGAUUGAAGAAAAAUUGACUAGCGGACAAUGUAAAGUCUUAGAUGUAUGCUGCGGGUCGGGAACUUGGUUAUUAGACAUGGCUUCAUCUUAUGGUUCAUCGAAUUUCUUUGGAAUUGAUUUGUGCCCUGUAUUCCCUACAGAAAUUAAACCGGCAAAUGUGCAAUUUAUACAAGGCGAUGUAUUGGAUGGACUUCCAUUCGAUGAUAAUACAUUUGAUUUCGUUCAUCAAAAACAUAUGGUAGAUGUAUAUACAUUGGAUCAAUGGCAUUUUGCUAUAACGGAAAUAAUUAGAGUGUGUAAGCCAGGCGGAUACGUAGAAUUCGCUGAACCAGAAUUAGCAACUAACACUGGCCCAAUACUUUCAAAGUUCUACGAUGCAUUGGUCGAAUUAAGCGAAUCCCGUAAUGUGAAAAUGCGGAUGUAUGAUAAUCUUAUUAGAAUCUUGAACUCAACACCAUCAGUGAAAAAUGUUAAAUAUAAAAAAGCAAUGAUUUCAUUGGGUUCAGGAUUCUUUGGCAAUGAAUUUUUGGAGAUACAUCAUGAAUUUUUUUUAAAGGCCAUGCCCGAAACUUUGUCAAAAUUUAUGGGGCUUUCGGAAGGAGACUAUAUAGAAUUAUUUAAAAAAGCCAAAAGUGAAAUCGAGAAUGGUAUGUCACCUGAUUGUGUAGUCUACAAGAUAUGGUGUCAAAAGAAUUGA